UUUUUGAACCGAAUGUGGCUUACAGUUGUGAUUGACUAGUUGUAAUAGUAUAUAAUUUAUUUGAAUUGUACAUUUUAAUCAAAUUUUUACUUAGUUUUUCUUGUAAAAAUGCCCUUUUCACUCGAAAAUGACCGCUAAAGUAAUUUCAAUUGGUUGGAGAGGCUUGAGGGCCCUAUGUUUGGCUUAUGUUGUUGCUGAAUACGGCUUUAAAGUAGCUUUGAUUGAUGGAUCGUCAAUGAAGCCUACUCUGAACCACCGAGAUAUCGUUUUAAGUAACCAAUGGACUCCUAUUUUCGGUAAUGUAAAAAGAAGUGAUAUAGUCAUCUUUAGAUCUCCAAUGGACCCUAAAAAGUAUCAUUGUAAAAGAAUUAAAGCGAUGGAAGGCGAUCGAGUUCGAAAGGGCUUCACAUCAAUAUCGGUACCAAAAGGACAUGUUUGGGUAGAAGGAGAUAAUUAUUAUCAUUCAAAAGACUCAAGAGAUCAUGGUCCAAUACCAAUCGGGUUGAUCAUAGGAGUAGUGUUUUGUAAGAUUUAUCCCUUUCUCGAUGCUAAAUUUCUUUCCUGAUUGGAUUUACUUGAUCACCAAUGAGAAUUGGAUUUGGUCACUAAUUUGCUUAACAAGCGAUGAAAUAUAGAAGCGAUAAAGACCCAGUCAUCCUUAGAAGAUACUUGUAUGCUGUUUAUGAGUAGAUAAACUAAAAAAUGGAAGUUAUCCUUCCUUCCUUCCUAAAGAUUAAAGGUUAAAUAAAACUCUGAUGUGAUAAA